AUGGAAACAGAGCCAAGUGUUAAGCAAGUUAAAGAAACCUCUUUGCAAAUUGAACAAUAUGACCGUUCAAAGUUUUCAAAUCCCGAAAGAGUUGGUACUGGAGCAUAUAAGAAAUUAUAUCGAGCUAUUUCAGAAAGCGAUGAUAUGGUCGUUGCUUUGAAACAAGUGGAUAUUAAAAAUGAAAAAGAACUUUUAAAAGAGAUUGAAUUACAAUUCAAUGUGAAUCAUCAUCCUAAUAUUAUCAGAUUUUAUGGCAUUACAGAAAUAAUGCCAUCAAAUUAUAUGCUGAUGUUUGAGUUUGCUGAUAAUGGAACUUUAUGCGAAUAUUUGCAUACAAAGGUCUUGACAUGGAAUGAUAGAUUUAAGCUUGCUUAUCAAAUUGCUUCCGCCAUUAAAUGCCUUCAUAGCCACAAUAUUGUGCAUGGGAACCUUAAUUCAUUUAAUACUUUAGUUCAUCAAGAUAAUAUUAAAAUCAGCGAUUUUGGACCUUCAAAGAAUUUAAUUGAUAUAAAUAUAAACCCAUAUUUUCAACCCACAAGUCUUAUGGCAGAAGAGCAUGUUCCAGGAACUCCAGAACAAUACAAUCAAAUUUAUACUGAUUGUUGGCAAAGCAAUAGAUCGAGACGUCCGGAUAUUAUCGAAGUUGCAAAUUCGCUUAAAAGAUUAAUGUCAAGUCAUGUAUCUAUUUCUGUCAAUGAGUAA